GAUAAUUUCUUUUAUGUGUCUUUUCUCCCACGCAUCUAGAUUGGGCCUCACACCAUAUGAUUGCUUCUAAGCCCAAAAUUCCUGGUGGUCGCGCAGUAAUGGCAAUGUUUACUCCAACACGCUCUAUCAUCCCCGCUCAACUUAUACGUACAGGUCGAAAGUUUGCAACCUUAUCACCUGUUACUGGUUCCGAUCGAAAUCACAAAAUCGUGGUGGUGGGCGGCGGUUCUGCUGGCCUCACCAUUAGCCAUCAACUCCUGCGAAAAGGCAAAUUCAGCCAGGACGAAAUUGCAAUCAUCGACCCGGCAACGUGGCAUCACUAUCAGCCUGGUUGGACUCUUGUUGGAGGGGGUCUAAAAACGAAGAAUAGUUUGCGGAAACCGCUGAGCAGCUUAAUUGAUCCGAAGCUUCGAUUUUAUAAUACAGGCGUUAAAGGCUUCACCCCGGACGACAACUUCAUCACAUUAAGCAAUGGAGAUAAGAUCAACUACGAUCAACUCAUUGUCGCUCCUGGUAUAGCAGUCGACACUGGUAGCGUAAAGGGGCUGUCAGAAGCUCUUUCGAAUCCAGAUUCAUUGGUAUCUUCCACUUAUUACAAUUGUGAAAAAGUUUUUGGUACAAUACAGAAACUUCAAAAGGGAAGGGCCAUCUUCACACAACCUGCUGGUAUUAUCAAGUGUGCAGGGGCACCGCAGAAGACCAUGUGGCUCGCACUGGAUUAUUGGAAACGCGCAGGUCUAUACAGCAAUAAUCCUAUGUCCGCGAUCAAUAUUACUUUUGCAACUGGUCUUCCAGCAAUGUUUGGGGUGCCCAAAUAUAACAUCAAGCUUGAGGAACUGCGGAAAGAGAGAUCUGUUACGGGAUUAUUCCAGCACGAUCUUAUUGCUAUUGAUGGCAACACAGCAAUAUUUAAUAGCCCGGAUGGAAAGGUAACAAAGGACUUUGACCUUUUACACGUAGUACCGAAGAAUCGACCGCACGAUUUCGUUAAGAAUAGUGUACUUGCAGAUGAGGCUGGGUUUAUAAAUGUAAACAAGGACACCCUUAGACAUCAACAGUACAACAAUAUUUGGUCUGCUGGCGAUGCUUCUAAUCUACCCACCUCAAAGACAAUUGCGGCAAUCACUGGGCAGGCACCUGUUUUGGUCCGCAACCUACUCUCAAGUAUGGAUGGCAGAGAUCCAGAAACAAAAUAUGAUGGCUACACAUCGUGCCCGCUCGUGACUGAGUAUGGUAAGGUGAUUCUUGCUGAGUUCAAAUAUGGGGGAAUUCCGAAAGAGACGUUUGGAUGUUUGGGCAUCGACCAAGCAGUUCCGCGCCGAGCAUUCUACUAUAUGAAGAAAGACUUCUUUCCGUGGGUAUAUGGGAAGUAUAUGGUGAAGGGGACUUGGGGUGGUCCAAAAGGUUGGAUCAACUAAAGGACCCCGUAGACCGGCGUGAUUUCGUACACAAUAAGAAUCCUCUCAGAAUAGAUCAGGUUGUUCCGAAAUUUCUGUCUGCUACCUGUGUUUACAAAGCAGAGUGCUGCUUUUUUUUUUUAAUAAAAAAAAUAUGUAAAGUAUAUGUUAUAAUAAAUUAAACUUAGGGCA